CAACUAAUAACGUUUUUUUUUUGCCUUAAAUACUGUUUGACUGACAUUGACUUUUUAAUGCACUUACUCACUGAAUAUUUUCACAGCUAAUCUCAAUAAUGUCAUGUACCCCUGCACAUGUACCCCCGCACAUUGACUCUGUACCCGUGCCCCCUGUAUAUAGCCUCGUUAUUGUUAUGUAAUUUCCUUGUGUUACUUUUGAUAAUUUUUGUUUUAAAAAAAAGUUUACUUUAGUUUAUUCUGUAAAUGUUUUCUUAACUCUAUUUCUUGAACUGCAAUGGUAGUUAAUACCUUUAUUUAAGCAUUUCAAUGUAAGGUCUAUUACACCUGUUGUAUUCGGCGCAUGUGACAAAUACAAUACAAUUUGAUCUACCCACAAUGUAUCUUCUUCAUAUUCCUUAGGCUUUCAACAGAGGUAUGCAGUUAUUGUAUUUCAAGGGGGGGGGAUACAUGAUUUUUAUAGUGAGUCUUUGUAUUAUUAUUGUUUAUCAUUAUUAUUGUUGUUGUUAUUAUUAUUAUUAGGCCUAUUGUUGUUAUUAUUAUGCUAUUAUACAUGGAAUUUGUGGAUGGGGAUUUGUGAGGUAUAGCUUGGACAAUGUCUUGGAAGGAUUGCUUUUAAUUAAUAGUGAAAUGUUCUGUCAUGGCUUUACGUCAACAAACAUUUUAGCCUACAAGACAUGGUUUUAAAUUCACAACCUCAUUACAAGACGAUUGUAUACAGCCGUAUACCUAUAAACAGAAGGUCGUGGGUAAGAUGUUAUUGUUUUCCCAGGUGCAUUGAGGCAUGUUUUUAAGGUAAAUAUUUUUUUCCAACAUGAAAUAGGCGUUUGUGUUUGCAAAGGGGUAAAGAGGCGGAAAAUAGAGAGGCUCUGAACUGGCUUACAUGUCAUACACUUAAAUUCUCCAUAGAAACUCUGAUCUUAACGCGGAAACUUUAUUAAACCCUGAUGGUGGAUUGAUAAGACCGAAUUUCUCUCGGCUUCAUUUUAUUGUGGAGACCGGGGAUGGAUGACAGAGAUCCAACAGAACAUCUGUUGAAAGAAAGCAAAAGUGGAUCCUGGAGUCCCUCAAAUACAGGGGCUCAAAAAGGUAGUGGACAGAUUCAGCUAUGGCAGUUUCUCCUCGAACUCCUGUCAGACAGCGCCAACAUGUCCUGCAUUACCUGGGAAGGGACGAACGGAGAAUUCAAGCUAAUUGACCCCGAUGAGGUGGCCCGGCGAUGGGGCGAGCGCAAAAGCAAGCCCAACAUGAACUACGACAAACUCAGCCGCGCAUUGCGGUACUACUACGACAAAAACAUCAUGACAAAGGUCCAUGGGAAGCGAUAUGCUUACAAGUUCGACUUUCACGGCUUGGCCCAGGUGUGCCAACCCUCAACAACAGAGCAAGCGCUUUAUAAAUUCCAGAGUCAUUUUGCCCCAAUUCCCUUUUCAGGGAUUUCCAAACUAAGCCUCGUUGGUCCAGGCGUUGGUCCGUCCGGAUUCUCUUAUUGGCCGGGUUCGCCACCCACUCUCUACCACAGUCACAACCUCCAACCCCCGGGACCAUUUGGUGCUGUGUCCGCUUCGCACAUCAACUGUGUCAACAACAUCAACAACCUGAAUAAUAUCAAUAACCACUACAAUUGACUACUAUUAAUCCACCAAUGAGGCCUAAUCAUAAUUAUCGAUGAUUGAUGUAGUUUAAGGCGUGCCUUUUUAGAUUAGGCCUAAUGAUGAUUUUUCCUUUCGAAAUGUUAUCUUGUGAACCCAAGACAUUGUCUGAUCCUAACUGAACAUGCCAAGGCGCAAUUCAUUAAACAUUUUGUGCAAUA